UUUCAAAAAUUUGUCAUUAAAGUGGGCGUGUUUGGUGCUCAUUAGUAAUUAGGAUCGCGUGAAUUAUAAUUUCUCCGGGCGCCUUUUCUCUUAAGGUGCAAGCGGACGUGAGGGCUAAAGACUGGACGAACGUGCGGCAGGCAGGCCGAGAGGAGAACAUGUCGGCUCGCCCUGAGCAGCAGCGAAACAUGGACUCUGAGGUCGGCAAGCUGCAGCAGCACCUGACCCUUCUUAAGAAGGAGUAUGUCAAACUGCAAGGACACUGCGCCGAACUGGAGAAAAAGCUGGCCCUGUUUUCGGCGCAUGACUCGUCGGCCGACACCUUCGCUAGCCGAAUCGUCGCUGCUGUCGGCUCCCUUUUCAAACAAGAACAGUACAGUGACCUGAAAAUCCUUUUGUCAAAUGCUGAGAUGGUAUCCGCGCAUAAAUUGGUCCUCAAGGCCAGGAGCAAUCAGUGGGGUGUGGAGAACUUGGAUACGGCUACCUCACUAGAUUGGAGUGCUGACGACGCGGAAGUGAUGAAUUUCAUGUUGUUGUGGGUUUACACUGGUGAAGCGAACUUGGACUCAAUUAAAGACCCGUUCUGCCUUGAACUGAUGAAAGUUGCAUUUCGUUUUGGUCUCUCCGAAUUGGCAAAAAGAUGUGAACAACGACUUUUGCUGACUGUUGGCGUCACAAACUGUGUUCGAUUGUACACAACUGCAGAAGAAAUUGGCGCCAAAAUCCUCCAAGAGCACUGUUCUCAACUAAUAUCAGCGCAUUGGGACGAAUUCACCAGCGAAGAUUUCGCUCACAUGACGGCUCCACUGCUUUACUCGAUGCUCAAGUCGAAGACUCGGUUUCCGCUGCAUUCGGCGAUCCGCUUAUCAAGGGAGGAUGUUGUCUUCCUGUUUCUAGUAGAGCACAGCAAUGAGCUGGCCCGGUUGCUGAACGAGCCGGACAAAAAAGGCGAACUGCCAUUGCUACUCGCUUUGAAUUCCAAACAGAGGACUUUAGCCACUUCCUUGGUCGAGCAUGGAGCCAGUGUGGACGCCCAAGACCCGCGAGGCCUCACUCUCUUAUUGAAUGCAGUUGAAAGAGAGGACAGCUAUUCCGCCCUCUUCUUGCUGGAGCAUGGUGCAUCCCCAUCGGCCACCACUCCAGACCUGGGUGACACAGCCAUGCACAUGAUCGCAAACCAAAGCUGCUCUGCCAAUCCGUUCCAAGAUGAGGAAGACGGUGCACCGACCGCCAACGACAUGAUCCAAGUCGCUCGGAAAGUGCUUGAAUACGGCCUUAAUCCAAACAUGCAAAACAACAAAGGAUACUCUGCACUGCACCUCAGCAUUUUGAACGACAACGCAGCUCUCUUCGACAUGCUGCUUGAAUAUCCCAUGCUGGCCCUCGACGUGCCCACUCAAGACGGGCACACUGCUUUAAGGUACGCACUACUGAGAAACAGCCUUGGGGAAGAUGGACUUGCUUCAAGACUGCUCGCCAAAAAAGCGAACCCCAACCCGAUGUACCCGGCCAGUGGAGACACUUUGCUCCACUUGUUGGCCAGAGAGAAGAAGGCCGACGCGGCCGUGUUUUUGUGUGACAAAGGAGGGGAUGUCUUGCGUACUAAUAAAAGGGGUGAAACGGCCCUACACGUUGCCUGCGAAAAUGGUCUGGCUGAGCUUGUGAUGAAGCUCUUAUAUGCAGGAGCCAACGUCAAUCUACAGACUCUGCCUUCGACUGGCGGUCUGUCUGAGCACCGACAGACGCCUCUUCACUUAGCGAUUCAAAACGGCUGUGACGCAGUUAUUGAUGCCAUAUUAGCACAUAAAGCUGAGGUACAAGAUGCAGGCAAAACUGCUGACCUAAAUCUGAAAAACUCUAGUGGUUUGACUCCACUUGCCCUGGCCCUGAGAACAGGAAUGAAGCACAAGGUUGCUGACCUCAUAAGUGCAGGGGCAGACGUUAAUGUUACCAACUCGGAAGGACUCACAAUGCUCCACUCUGCAAUCGAACAGGGAGAUUCAGACGCAGCAGUUUUUCUCCUGGAACAUGGUGCCAACAUGUCUUGCAGAACACCAGAUGGAAGAACGCCGUUGCAGUUGGCCAUUGUGAAUUCGUUGCCCAUAGUCGUGGAAUCUCUGUGCAAAAGGGGUGUUGACAUGUCCGUGGUGGACAGCAAGGGCCGGUGUCCGUUGUGGGCCGCCCUGGAGGAUGGAAUGGAAGACAUUGCCUCCACCCUCGUUAGGUUUGGAGUUGACACUGACUGCUGGAGUGCAGGGCCCGAAGGCUGCUUGCAAACUUUACUGCAUAGGGCCAUUGACGAGAAUCUGACAUCAAUUGCUUGCUUCCUUGUCAGAAGUGGAUGUGAAAUGAAUGCGCCACGAAGACCUGGUCCCAAUGGUGAAGGGGGUGAUGAAGCAAGGGAUGGACAACACCCCUUGCACAUGGCGUGCACCUGGGGGCAAGAACAAGUUGUUCAGACGCUGAUCGAACACAAAGCUCAUGUCAAUGCAAAAGAUUCUGAUGGAAGAACUCCCUUGCACUUGGCAGUGUCAAACCAGAACUCUAAAAUCACUUCCCUUCUUCUGUGCCAUCCAGAGCUGGACCUCUCAGUACGAGACAAGUCUGGCCUAACUCCGUUUGCGGCUGCUCUUACUUGCAGAAACAACAAGGCAGCGCAAGCAAUCCUUGACCGACUGCCCUCUGCAGCAGAGCAGUAUGACAACAAAGGCCUCAAUUUUCUUCACGUUGCCAUCCAGCGAAACGACUUGGAGAGCGUGCUUUUCCUCCUUUCGAUCAACGUCGACGCUAACUCCAAAGUUCGAGACAGCACCAUGAGCACUGCACUUCACCUCGCCUGUUCAGUGGCAAGCCCUUCUGCAACAGGCACCACUGAGGACUCUGCGCUGCUGGUUAGGAACCUGCUCUUAGCAGGCGCAAGGCCCAAUGAGAGAAAUUCGACCCGGCAAACACCUCUGCAUAUCGCUGCAGUUUCUGGCCACUCUUCAGCGGCUUCGGCCCUCCUGCAGAAUGGCGCCGAUCCAGAUGCAUCAGAUGUUGACAACAACAAUCCAUUGCACUUGGCAGUCAAAUCGUCAAACCUUCCUGUUGCUAGAGUACUGCUGACAGAGUCCACAAUUGAUGCAGAAGCCAAAAAUCUGAGAGGUCAAAACCCGUUGCACGUUCUGGCGAUUUAUGGAAAGGACCAAGUCGCUUCAUCAAUCUGCGAACUAUUCCUGGAGUGCAUGCCUCAGUACCCCUUAGACGAGCCUGAUUUGGAAGGAAACACAGCGCUCCUAUGGGCAUACAUCAAGGGAAAAGCGAAUCUAUGCAGAACUUUGGUGAAAUCUGGCUGUUGCGUGGGAAUGAUGAAUAAAGAAGGAAUCACUAUUUUCAAUUACCAAACGCCCACCAAGCAACUCCUGAGCAAACUGCUGGACCUUCUCGGCAAAGAACCGCCUUGGGCUGAGGGAGACAUGUGCCUUGAGUGUGGAAGCAAGUUUGGCAUAACUAUGAGAAAGCAUCAUUGCCGCCACUGUGGACGCCUCCUGUGCUCCAAAUGCUCCAGCUGUGACGUUCCCAUUGUCAAAUUUGGUUUAAACAAGCCAGUCCGCGUUUGUACAACUUGCUUCCAAGUGCUUCAAAGCGGAGUUACAACCUAGCUGAUCCAAAUCGAGCUUAACUCCAUCAAGCAGGGAGGAGAUAUCAAAAGUUAGCUAUCAGCAAGUUUCACAAACGAAACCUAUUUUUGCGAAGGAAAAUAACGUUCUCAAGUGAUUCCAGUUUAAACUCUGUGAUUAUUUUGUAUGGAAUAUUCGGUUGAAAUGGAAGUGAAGCUGCUUUCUGGGUCACAUGCUAAUAAUUUUAAGAGCGAAAGUGGCCAAAGUUUUAAUUUACAUAAAUAUGAUUGAAUAUAUCCAGUUUAUUUUUAUUGACCUCUAUAUACACACGCCCAGAUAAUUUGAAAUGCGUAUUUUGCAUUAUGUUACGAAAGAAAACUAAGAUGUCCUUUAAUAUAUGUUAAUAAAAACAUCCAAUUAAUUUCAAAA